AAAAGAGGGAUUGGCUCCUGUUUGUAUUUGUAUAUUUUUGUCUAUAGGAAAGCAAGGUUUUCAGAUCAUAGUAUUUCCAUGGCAAAUCACCCCGUGAUUUAAGACUUCUUUCUUUCAUUUUAACCAAAUAAUCUAAUUUACAGCCCAACUCUUCUUCUUCUUCUUCUUCAAAAGCUUCAAUAAACAAACAAAAACCUGGUGAAAUUUCUGUAUAUUUUUCUUCAGAAAUCUUCGUAGAAAGAUGAGAAGUUCUGCGCUAUCGAGAGUGAUAAAGAAAGAUCAAGAACAAAAUCCAACCGUUGAGACGCACAGAGUCUAAGCUUUUGUAGCUUUCAUGGUCAUGGAGCUUCAAGGACGAAGAUAGAGCUCAAAUGAACUAAAGCCUCAGCUACCCGUUUCAGGAAACCACCAACUUUUCUCGCCUGCGGAGAUUCAUUUGUAGUGGUAAAAUGAGAGAGAAUAACAUCAAUAUCCAGCACGCAUCAGGAUCCAGGCCUCUUGAUUAUUCCACAGACUUUAUCUGCCGCCCAUUUUCGAAGACAGCGGCAAAAUCUUACGGUCUCUUCACCUUCAUCUUCGUUCUCAUCGUCGGCGCGUUGGUUUCCACGCGCUUGCUCGACACCACUACAAUUGGAGCUAGCAGCUUUGCUAAGAGGAUAACUGGCUCCGAAACUUAUGUGUAUCCCCAAGACCAAGAGCAAAAGAGGAAAAUAGAAUUCCCACUCAACUGCACAAUUCUACGCGGCACAAAAACCUGUCCCAAAAAUUACUACCGCGCAACCUUUAAUACUUCUGAAGAUCCUGACCCUUCAUCCUCUCCCACGUGUCCUGAAUAUUUCCGUUGGAUCCAUGAAGAUCUUCGGCCCUGGGCCUACUCUGGGAUCACCCUAGACAUGGUUGAAAGGGCUCGACCAACCGCAAAUUUCCGACUGAUUAUCCUCAAAGGCAGGGCUUACGUGGUGACAUACGAUAAGUCGUUUCAGACAAGAGAUAUUUUUACCUUGUGGGGAAUCGUACAGUUGUUACGACGGUACCCUGGUAAAGUCCCUGAUCUGGACAUGAUGUUUGACUGUGUUGACUGGCCUGUCAUCAAGGCUAAAGAUUUUACUGGCCCUGAAGCUCCGACGCCACCGCCUUUGUUUAGAUACUGCAGCGACAAUCAAUCUCUGGAUAUCGUUUUCCCUGAUUGGUCUUUCUGGGGAUGGCCUGAGAUCAAUAUGAGACCAUGGGAACCAGUAUUGGCGGAUCUACUGGAAGGAAACAAAAGAAUGGAAUGGGAAAAUAGGGAACCUUUUGCCUACUGGAAAGGUAACCCAGAAGUUGCUGAUACCAGGAAGGACCUUCUUAAAUGUAAUGUCUCAGAGGAACAAGACUGGAAUGCUCGGUUGUAUGCCCAGAAUUGGACUGAAGCAACAAAGGAAGGGUUCAAGACAUCAGAUUUAAAAGGCCAAUGUGUUAACAGGUAUAAGAUCUAUAUUGAAGGUUCUGCCUGGUCUGUCAGUGAGAAAUACAUUCUUACCUGUGAUUCUGUCACCUUACUAGUAAAACCCCAUUAUUAUGAUUUCUUCACAAGAGGUUUAGUACCAAUGCGCCAUUACUGGCCCAUAAGGGAAGAUGACAAAUGCCGGUCUAUUAAGUUCGCAGUCGAUUGGGGCAAUAGCCACAAGCUUAAGGCACAGGACAUGGGAAAGACAGCGAGCAGAUUCAUCGAAGAGCAGUUGCAGAUGAAAUAUGUGUACGACUACAUGUAUCAUCUGUUAAGUCAGUACUCGAAGCUUUUGAGAUACACACCCACAAUACCAGAAAAUGCUGUUGAGUUAUGUUCGGAAAAUAUGGCUUGCCCAUCGGAAGGAUUACCACUGCAGAAGUUUAUGAUAGAAUCCAUGGUGACAAGUCCCUCAGAAACAACCCCGUGCAGGCUGCCUCCCCCUUAUGAUCCUUCAUCUCUUAGUAGCAUUCUUAUGAGAGACGAAAAAACAUUAAGUCGAGUCGAGUCAUUGGAGAAGAAAUACUGGGAGUCAGCCAAUCAAACUGGGCAGUCAUAGGAACAAUUUUCUUUGUUUACACUUCAUAGAACAUUUAUAUCUUGCUAGAGUAUAUUUUCACACUGUUCCUUGUAUUGAUAGAUUCUUUUCAUAAAGUAAUACUCACAAAGAAUUUUUCUUUUA